AUGUCCAUUUCGGAACCGGAAUCCCAUCCAGCUUUCUAUCAUUCCAAAAAGAGGAUAUGGGACUUUCCCAUCACCUCUGCACCCUCAGGCUUGGGAAAAUCUUCAUGGCGUUCGAAAUUCAAUAUUUACUGUGUUGGUGGGUUCGACAGUCUUUGGAAAGUGUGGUAUGCUGCUUUCAUAGGCAUAUCCACUUCAAUUCUCUUCUGGCUAGCGAUUGUCCGGUAUCAAGUGUUCAAAUCUCAGUCACUUCAUCCCAGAUUUGGUCUGGAAUGGAACUGGGGAUUGCCACUUAAUCUUCAAGUGGCAUGCUUAGUGAUCGUGAUCACACUUUUCCCCCUAAUGGUAUACGCAGCGGUUUCACGCGUUGGCCACUCAGCUAAUGAUGGAAUAGUUCUUGGACGAGAUUGUUUGCACCUUCAUGCAAUGCUCGCACAACUUCCAUGUUUUCGUCUAGCUCAGAGAUCAGCAGAUCCCGAAGCUGCAGAACGUCUGCGAGCUCGUAUAGCAAGAUCCACUCAGUCACUGAAUGAGACCUCCCAUUCACCGGAUUUUGAAUCCUUCAUCAUUCAAGAACGUAGGGAUGCUCUUGAACACCCCGGAUGGUGUGCUGCAACCAGAAGGCAAUUGAGACCUUUUGCUUGUCUCAUUCAUGUCAUUAUUUCCUUCGCUCUUCUGCUUCCUAUAGCGGUUUUCGAAGCUGAACAAAUCAGGAAUGAAGCCAUGCCUCCUAAAUAUGUCUGGCAUUCCAAUCUCGACUGGUUGCUGAAUAGUUUGCUCGGUUCUAGAGGAGUGGAUUUGACAGCUUUAAAUAUUUCAGUCUCAGCUGAAGAUCCAGAUCAAAUUCAAUUAGAGAUGGUGUCAGGACAUGGAAGCCAGGAGACGAAGGUGAGACUGACAACUAACCCAUACCCAUCAAUUCCUCCUGACUUCAGUCCUGAAUACCUUCUUCUUGCUACUGCAUUUACUUUUCUAAUGGUCCGCUUUGCUGCUCCCUUCUGGUUUACCAGUAGAUCAUUUUCGGGACUCUUAUCAGUGUAUACUUUUAUAAGUGGUUGCUAUGUACUUCUAGAAUCCGCUGCAAUGGAACUACUGAUAAAAAUCUACACAGCUGGUGCACGGGACACCUCUGGUCAUCGAAUCGAUAUCAUUCCAAAUGGUUCUCAACUAGUAACCACUUGGAUUUGUGUUAUAACAAGUGCUAUUGGCUUUUUGGCUCUAAUAGCUGGACUAAUUGCCUUUUAUUCUUUUGGUGAACUACUUUUCCAACGAGCAGUAACCAAUUAUGCGAACCUUAUUAUGGCUGGAGAAUUUGAUAUUAUGAAACAUCGAGAUACGGUGUUGAGAGAGGAUAAGGCUUCCACCAUCAUGGAAGAGACUCUAGUCGAAGAAAAUGAUCUAUUGGGACCUAGUGUUAUUGCUGUGACAACAAAAAUUUGGCGACCAGUUCGUAAGUCCCCGAGUGCUCUAGGAAAUGCGUCAUCUCGAAUUGUAGCUUCAUCUGCUCUGUCAGCGAGUAAUGACACUCUCCGUUCCAAAACUGGAAGUACUCGUGGCACCCCAACAAAAAUCAUAGGAAAAUCGAAAAAUAUGAAGUCAUCAAUUACGUUCUGGCCUUCUCUCAUCUCCGCACUAUCAUUUGGAUGCCUGGCCUUUACAAGAAGCUGUCUAUUCGGUCCAAUGUUGCAGUGCUACUGGCAUACUAAAAUUAAGCUCCCUCUAAUUUAUGUCAUCUUCUCAAUACUUUAUCUCAUCCUUUGGCUUGUAUUGUGGUUUGGCAUGACCGUAAAAACAGCCUGGAGAUUCCGAUUGCUUCAUAUGCCUGUUCCAAACAACAGUAGGUAUCGAUUCACGUCACCAAAGUCUCGAACACACGCUGAGCGUAUGGGUCUAGCAGCUUCUCAAUUCGCUCCGUGGCCAUUGAUGAAUAAUCCAGCUGCUGCUCAGCUUGGAGCAAGCUAUUUCUGGCCUUGGUUGCAAUAUCAAAAUGGCUUCAUACCGCCUCAGAAUGGAAGCCUUGCUUUCGGUGCCUCUCCUACGCCCUUCGAAGGUACCUAUGUUGGUGAAGUGGUUCCAAAUGGAAUUAACUCAAUGUAUGAAUGCUAUAAUGAAAAUCGUCCGGCUAAUCCAGGAGGUCUACUUCGGGAUGGUCCACCCACACUUUCAGAUGAGUCUGACAACGUCAUUCAGUUGGAAUAUGAUCGACCUUCCAACUUUGGUUUCUUGCAAAAGGGAGCAGGACUAGUGACCAUUUGUGAUGGAGACAAACAAUCAGAAGAAUCUUACCAACCGUACAAGAAACAUGGCACUGAUCCAGCCUACGUGAGUUUGGCAUCGCUAGGUCGAACUGGAAGUCCUCAACGAUCGACGCAUGGAGGAUCCCGAAGAGGUGUCUUAGGAGCUCGAGUGACCUUCAAAGCUGAUGAUGAAAAUGGUGGCAAUGAGGGCAAUAAUGCAAGCAGUGACAGCGGAGUAUGCACGAAUGGAAGUGGCAGUCGUAUUGUGGGAAGACUGAAUCUUUCAAAUCAUCCCCUUUUCAUUGGGGCUACAGAUCGUGCAGGUAGUCCUGGUGGCUUCAUCAAUUCCACAAUUAAUGAAAAUCCCAUGAAUGGCCCAGUUAGAUUGGAGAGUGAUGAACGACUUUGCAGUCAAGUUUAG